GUGAAACAAUGGUUGGAUAUUUUAAAUAAAUGGAUUUACCUGUUAAAGUGAUCUUGACCAGUUUCAUUUAUGUUUAUCUUAUUCAGUUGAAUUUCCUCAGUCGAUGUCAAGGAUUCGAAAAUCACAGCAACAACAGUAUCAGCUGUGUAGUGAAACUCAGAGGACUUCCCUGGACUGCAACUGUGGACGAUGUCGUUAAUUUCUUUGACGAUUGCAAUAUCAAGAACGGAACUAUGGGAGUCCAUUUGGUAAUAACAAAAGAAGGACGGCCAAGUGGGGUAGCUUAUGUAGACUUGGAAUCCCAGGAUGAUGUGGAAUUGGCUUACAAAAAGGAUGGUCAAUACUUAGGGGAGAGGUACAUAGAAGUGUUCCAAGCAACUGUAAGUGAGAUGCAGAGAACGAUUAGAAGAAGCAAACAAAGCAUCCAACGAGCAAUAUCCGAUGCUUGUGUCAGAGUCAGAGGCCUUCCAUACAAGACCAGUGAACAGGAUGUUAUCAACUUUUUUGAAGGUUUAGACAUAUUACCUGAUGGAGUAUUUUUGGUACACGAUGAUCAAGGAAGAACUACAGGGGAGGCGUACGUGCAGUUUAGAGAUCAAGAAGAAGCGGAACGAGCACUCAAAAGGCACAUGGGACGACUGUAUCACAGGUAUAUAGAGGUGUUUAGAAGUAGUUUGGGAGAGUUGAGGCUCGCUCAGUCGCCCCAGACAGAUCAAGAGGAGUACCUCCCUCCCCCUCCCCCUCCACAGACCCAAUACAGAGGGCCGGUUAUGAACAACAGGGGUUAUCAAAUACUGAGACCACUGCGAUUUUCUGGUUAUCCAGACAGAUACAUUAGACAACAAUGGAAUGGCGCCAGAUACCCACCAUACGACCAAAACCAUGGAAGACAACGGGACCCAGAACCAAGGUACCACCAGGGCGAAGGUAGAGAACGUAAAUCAAAUGCUUUGCACAUGCGAGGACUUCCUUACAAUGCUACUCGAGAUGACAUUACGGAGUUUUUUAGCCCCAUUGAAAUAAUUGGGAUUGACUUCCACUUUACCUCUAGAGGAAAACCAAAUGGACAAGCAGAUGUGAUAUUCAAAACUAAAGAAGAUCUUCAAGAGGCUUUGAAAAAAGAUAAAAACUACAUGAAACAUAGAUAUAUUGAACUGUUUGAGUAGUUUACCAUAAGAGAAAUAAUGGUUGUGAAAAACUGAUUUCCAUAAUGUAAUAGAAAUCAUAUUUUUAUAAUGUUUUUUAACAACAUCAUUUGACUUU